AUGAUUAAUCGAUUCUUCCUGCUCUUGAGCCUGGCGCUUCUCGCCCUGGCCAUCACCGCCUCGGCCACCCCCUCGUGCAAGAGCGAAGAGCGCCUGGUGCACGAGAUUUCGCGGCCCGGCCCCCACGGCGGCGAGAAGCAGCUCAACCGCGCCCUUGCCAUCGCCCGCCUCGUUGCCACCAUCCACGAGCGUCUCGAGAGCGCCGGCGUGUGCUACUUUGCCACCGGUCGCACGCUCGAGGGCGUUUGGCGCCAUGCCGCUUCGAUGCCCCACCACGCCCACUCUGUCGACCUCGCCAUCGAGUCAGUCAAUUUCGACACCGCUCGCCAGGUGCUGCUCGCGGAGCUGGAGACCGGCAGCAACUACCUGGUGCAGGGCGAUGAGGACGUGAAGCACCUGAAGGUGUCGAUCGUCAUCGACGGCGAGGUGUCGGCCUUCGUCAACCUGUUCGUCUACUCGCGGUCCGACGAUGGCGAGCGUCUCGUGCACCCGUGGUUGUCCUACCAGCCCGCCGUCGCCACCGUCUUCCCCACCAAGCUGGCUUCGUUCCACGAGGGAACCAUCCGCGUGCCGGCCGACGCCAAGGCGUUCCUUGUGGGCCAGUACGGCAGCGAGCUCGAUGCGCCCAACAAGAAGGCCUUCUCGUGGACCCACAUGUCCUACGUCACGCCUCACGCCGGCAUGGCCACUGAGUACCCUCUGGUCACCGUGAUCAUGCCCACCUACGAGCGCCCGCAGUUCCUGGGAAAGGCCAUCGAGCUCGUCCAGAGGCAGGACUACCCCAACAUCGAGAUCGUGAUCGUCGACGAUGGUCGCGUGUCGCAGGCCGAGAACCCCGCCAUGAUCGCCGCGCUGUCGGCCGCCAACGUGCGCUACAUCCACCUCACCGAGCGCCGCUCCAUCGGCGUCAAGCGCAACAUCGCUGUCGAGAACGCGCGCGGCGAGAUCGUGGUGCACUGGGACGACGACGACUACUUCCGCGAGCACCGUAUCUCGGCUCAGGUGGCGCCCAUCAUCCGCGGCGAGGUGGACAUGACCGUGCUCGAGCACCACUACUACUACAUCCUCCCGACCCAGUCCUUCUACAUCGUCAAGCGCGCCUCCACGUGGGGUCCCCACUUCGGCACCUUCGUCUACCGCAAGAGCCUGUUCGACAGCGGUCUCAGGUACCCCGACAACUCGGUGGCCGAGGACUACGCCUUCGCCGAGUUCGCCCUCAACAAGGGUGCCACUGUGUACGUGAUGAACAACGAGGACGGCAAGCACGUGUACGUGCGCCACCACAACACGUGGGAGUUCGACUUCGCCGACUUCGACGUCCAGGUCGAGAAGGUCGACCGCCCGGCCUUCGUGAGCGACCUCGACUGGGAGCACUUCUCCACCGUCGAGUCGGAGCCCAUCUCCAUCAAGCCCCCCAACCACUUCGCCUCGGACCUUAUCCAGUGGAACCGCCCUGAGCUGAUGCCCGUCCGGUCGGACGCUCUUGCCUACCCUGCCUACCCUAACUACCCUAACUACCCGAACUACCCCCAAUACAAGGUUCCCGAGUCUGAUUACUCGAUGGUGGCCAAGCUCGGCAUCGGCAUCGGUGUGGGCGGCGGCGUGGCCCUGGUGGUGGUGGGCGGCCUCACGACCUACUUCAUCCUCCAGCACAGGAAGAAGCACGUCGGCUACGCGCCCAUUAACAACGACGACUACGCCUAA